GAUGCCUUCCGUGAGCAGCCCGAAGAUCAAAGGCUCUUCCUCCCUUACAAGCUAGACGAGACAGAUCUCGCCUUGUGCUCACAAGGUCUUGCAGAGAUCAAAGAGUGUCUUCGUGAUGCUCAGCUACAUGACAGCCUGGACAAGCUACGGGCGCAGCUCCAUGUGAAGACCCGGCUUGUUGCGUUCAAGAACCGGAAUGUU